AUGCCAUCGCAUUUUCAAUCAUGCGAUAAGUCCUAUCGAUCUCACGCGUCUUCUUCUAAGAGUAAAGAUAAACAUCGGCAUAGUGGGCAUAGUUCUCACAAGCAUCACAAAAGAUCCAAAUCUUCGAGUUCUUCAGAUUCAGAUAUCUCCCUAUCACCAGAGGAAAUUCAGAAAAUUAAAGAGAUCGUCAGGCAGAAAAAGAUUGCAAUGAAGGAGCUUGAAACACCCGAAGAGAAGCGUGCUCGACGAAUCGCGAAAAAGGAGCGAAAGGAACGUCGUCGUAGAGAAAAGCUCGGUUGGGGAAGGGAUUACCUUGGCUGCGCUAUCGAGGACAAUCCCUUUGUCUGGCGCCAUAAAAUCGACAAUAGGGGUCUCUCUCAUCUGGAUAGUGCCCAAUUGCAAAUCCUACAAGCUAAAAAAAUUGAGGAGACAAGACGAGAGUUAGAGAAUGUACGUAGAAGACGUCUUGAGCGCGAAAGGGAGAAGGAAGAGAGGGAAAAGGAGAUGGAGAUGCUCCAGAGAGAGAAAGAAGCUGAAUAUUACAAGUCUUGGGGUCAACAGGAGGAUACAUUUCAUCUGGAACAGGCGAAACUUCGCUCGAGAAUCAGAAUUGCCGAUGGACGGGCGAAACCCAUUGAUCUACUCUCAAAGUAUAUCGCUGAUCAGGAUGAGGGAGCACAGAAUAUGUCCUCUGGUGGGGAUAUUUCAAGUGCGAUUGAAGUCAUGGAACCCACUCAGUUUCUUGUUGGUCUUAGCAUUGAAGACUUAGAGGAUCUACUGGUUGAUAUAAAGGUGGUGUACAUGGAAUUGGAGAAGGGUCAGAAUGUAGAGUACUGGCGUGAUAUGACGGUGAUCGUUGAGGACGAAUUGAGGCGCUUAAAGCAAGAUGAAGACCCUGAGGGCCGACAAGCUUCCUCAAGUAUCAGCAGCCCUGUGCUCAAAUCUGUUGCGGAUACUCUCAAAUCCAAGACCUAUGCUCAGCUCGCAGCUCUGGAAAAACAGAUUCAACCUAAAUUGCGUGGUGGCGAGGGUAUAGAUGUCGGUUACUGGGAGACACUGUCGCAGAUUGUAGCGGCUCAAAUGGCUCGCACCCGUUUACGAGAGAGACAUCAAGAGCACCUGCGUCGAAAACUCGCCUAUCUCCAACAGAACCAGGGCAUAGCCUCCUCAAGUAGUGACAAGACUCCAAUCUUCCCUUCUGCAGCCAACACCAAUCAGCUGAUGGUGGAAAGGAUUAAAGAGUUGCAACAAAAAAGAGCAGCCGAGAAGGGCUUCCCUGAAGGUGAAGUGGAUACCUUCAAGGAACCACUGCCCCCAACUACUGAAGAGGAACCUGGUCCUUCUACCUCUUGCUCCCAGCCAAUUUCCAGUGAACCAGAUUCCUACGACUCUGUCCUCUACUCGCCCAAGCUGUUGACUCCGGCUGAUGUGGAGAUUGAUGCCGUGUUGUAUGAUGCUCAGGAUGAUUGGGCCAAAUUGGAGUUUCAGAGGAAGGAUGUGAUGCACAAUGGGGAACUGCGAAAGUCCACCGAGGAUGAACUUAUGAAACGUGCUCGUGAAGGUCUCGAGGAGGGUGAUGCUGAAUUCAGCGUUAUGGCACCUUUGGAAGAUCAGUCAUUCUUAUGGUCGGACAAGUACCGUCCACGCAAACCCCGGUUCUUCAACCGAGUGCACACGGGAUUCGUGUGGAACAAGUACAACCAGACUCACUACGAUCUUGACAAUCCACCGCCCAAGGUUGUCCAGGGCUACAAGUUCAAUAUUUUCUAUCCCGAUCUCAUUGAUAUGACCAAGACGCCCAUCUACAUGCGUACGCCCUGUGAAGGGGAACCCGAUUUUGAGGUUUUGCGUUUCGUUGCGGGCCCACCGUAUGAGGAUAUCGCCUUCAAAAUUGUCAGUCGGGAAUGGGAGUACUCCUAUAAGCAUGGCUUCCGAUGCCAAUUCCACAACAACAUUUUCCAACUCUGGUUCCACUUCAAACGCUUCAGAUAUCGGCGAUGA